AUGGAAAUUGAACAAGAGAUAGCAUGUUUGUACAACCGAAAUGUUAUCCCUCUUGAGGUUGGGGAAUCUCCGAUGCGCGUGUUAUUGAAGUUUUAUGAGCAGUGUUGUCCACAUCCAAUCGAUGAGGAAAAAGACUUCAUCACGACUGAUCAUGUCACUUUGAGAAACACCGCAAUCAACUCACUCAUCGGAAGAGGUGAGAUCACUGACGAGAAAAUUCAAGAGGCAAUGAAGUCACACAUUGAAAAGCAACGCGACUUCCACAUCAAUUGGAAGUACAGACAGGCCAUGAGAUUCCUUUCAAUGUAUUAA